CCGCUCUCUUUCUCAUUCACUGUCCAGUGCAUUCACUCCAGUUUGGCCCUCUCACAGUGUUUACGAGUGCUGCACUUCAAAUGGACGUGUUGGCCGUUCCUGCAGACAGACCAAAAGGAUGGUACCUUUCUCUGAUGGCGCCCAACACCAAAGGGCCAGCGUUCGCUUGGCUCGACCCGUCCAGACUCUACUGCAACCCUCAGGCUCUUGCGGACUGUGUCAAAGACCUUCUCGGUCCGUUCCACGGCGAACCCAUUGACCUGGUUGCCGGGAUAGAUGCAAUGGGAUUCAUACUUGGCUCAUCUGUCGCCACCAGUCUUGGUAAAGGUUUCCUGGCUGUCCGCAAAGCCGGUCACCUAUGUGUCGCCACCCAAUCCCAAAACUACACCGACUACAGCGGCAGAGAAAAGACUAUGGAAGUAAGAACGGAUGUGCUAAAACCAGGUGUGAGGGUGUUAAUUGUGGACCAGUGGAUCGAGACUGGAGGCACAAUGAAAGCCGCCAUCCAGCUGCUAGAGAAGCUGGGGGCCACAGUCGUAGGCGUUGCAGCUGUGGCCAUCGAGAACACCGAAGGAGGGAAGUGGAUUAAGGAAAAGUACAAAUUCUCUCACUGCAUCCCCGAAGAGCUGCAGAGCCAGAUAGACAGGAAAUAUCUGGACUCCUUCAAAAACUUCAAGUGAACAUUUUAAACAUGAUUCCUGAGAAAAAUGUAUUUUUUUUUUUUUAAAGAAAGUAAUACUUUUAUCUGCAUAGACGCGUUGUACAGACAAAUCAUUAUUUUUAAAUGUGAUUCUAAUAACAGAAACACUUUGAUACAAUUUAUUUUCUCUUUUUUUAAUAUAUACAUAUAAAUGCGUGACAUGUAAAACACUAAAUUACAAUAAAUGGUGAAUAUUCACUCACUGAGACACUA